AUGACAGUCUCUGAUAAUUCCCCAUACCAAUUUGCAAAGCUUUGCAAGCGCUGCGCAUGCUUACAGCUGAGAAGCACAACGCUAGAUGACAUCCAACUCAGAAACCCAUCAGUUGGAGAAUGGAGCCAGGAACAAGAAGUUGAUCUGGAUUGGAAUGUGACCAACUACCUGUCUAUCGCCUUUCAUCCAGGGGGAGACAAAUGCGAUGCCUGCGAGUUUCUUCGUCGCGUUGUGAAAUGGUGGCGAGUAUACGAUGAGUCAGUGAGGGCACUCGAAAUAAAACGUGUUCCCGUGUCGCUGCAUUAUGUGUUUACCCUCGGCGAAGCCGACCAGUAUGGUUUAAAGGCUCUAAGGAUCAGAUUAAGACCCGACGGCAAGGAAUUCCAUAUUGACUGCCCUGUCACGGCAGCUACCGAUCUCGAUAUGGGCACGCCUCUGAGGCUUCAGCCGCAUUUGUCUCAUAUCAAUGAAGAGAGCAUAUUGUGGAUGAAGUCGAAGCUGGAGUCGUGUGUAUCACACAACCACUUUAACCCCGACAAAACCUUCAUACCCGAUCGGCUUCUUGAUGUCAGAGAAAACCGGCUGAGCCUAGUCCUUACUAAAGAUUUGCAACCCCGAGGCGCCGAGAGCCAUCGAUAUGUUGCCCUUACGUACUGUUGGGGUCCAGAGCCUCACGCAAGUAAGCAGCUUAAGACAACCAGAGACAAUAUCUCCCAGCACCAGCGGCAAAUCCCAGAAUUCUCUCUGCCACAGGUUAUUAAGGACGCCGUAUCUGUGACCAGAGCGUUAUCGGUCCCAUUCCUUUGGGUCGAUGCAUUGUGUAUUCUCCAAGAUGACGUAUCUGACUGGGAGAAUCAAUGUGCCGUGAUGGAACGAAUCUAUGGCAACGCCUACGCGGCAGUUGCUGCUACGUUCUCCGACAACUGCGAGCAAGGAUUUCUCAAAAAUACAGAAAGAAUUCUCGUUCCUUUUCGAACUCACUUUGAUAGCACUUAUGCCUUGGCCAUAUAUUCCCCUCCCUACUUAAUCAACGACGCGAACGAAGUGUCCGACAGCCCUUGGGCUUGGAGAGGCUGGACGUUCCAGGAACGCAUCUCAUCAACUCGUAUCCUCAUGUUUUCAAAAGGAAACAUCUACGUAAAAUGCAAAUACUUCAACGAAUCGACGGGAGGCCACAGAGUCACAUAUGAAGAGUAUUAUAUCAUGCUUGACCGCGUGACAAUCGAUUCGGGUAGCAAAGCAGCCAUUUAUGAAGAAUGGAGCGAAAUAAUAGCUCAAAUCCACCCUAGGCGCCAUCAACUUACGCGGAAAACAGAUUUCCUUCCUUCUAUCGCUGGUAUCGCAUCGCUAUUCAGUAAAAGGUUGAACGAUGACUAUGCAGCUGGUCUCUGGAAAAAUAAUAUGCAUCAAUCGCUCUGUUGGGCUGCGGGAAAAGUAGACAAGCCUAGUCAUCAAGACCUACUACAGCGACUAAGAGCUCCCUCCCCAUACAUUGCGCCUUCUUGGAGCUGGGCUAGUCGACGUGAAGAUUUUUCGUUCCUUCUAUACCGUCCAGAUCUUUCAGCUGGCUGUCAACCAGAGUUCCAUAGCCUAGACACAGCUAUCGCGUUGCGUGGAGAGUCAGCCUUUGGCGAAGUAAGGCAUGCGGCACUUGAUAUUACCUCCAGGGUACAUAUAGGAUCGCCGAGGCUAGCAUUACAAAAACUAAUUCGACUAUCCGGGGAACCAGACACUGUUACAUUUGACGGGCGAUACUUUGCAGAUAUUCAUCCUGAUUGUUUUGUUCAAAGUUUCUUCGGCCGAACGGAAGGCUUUACUCUCCAGGCGCCCAUUAGUUUCCUGUUGAUAGGUAGUACCAUUCCACACGAAACAGUAACAGGUGAUAUCUCACCAAAAUAUCCUAAAACCUCUAAGACUAUUGGCGAUGAAACCGAUGCUGGGGUGGCCUCUGAGCUGCCCACCACCUCAUCCACAAGUGCUGAAAGUGGUGCUGGUUUGGAGACAGAGACCAAAUCAAAAAGGGUGGCUUAUGGCCUGUUGAUUCACCCAACGGGAAAUCCGAAUGAAUACUAUCGAGUGGGAACAUUCUUUUCGAAGCCUUAUUUAGCUGGGGGUCUGUCGUUCUUCGAUAACGUCGAAAUUAGAACAGUAAGGCUGGUAUAA